CCGAUAGACUGGGAAACGACAAUGCAGGGUCUGUAGAAAGAAAGAGAGGAAUAAGCUGAUCUGGGCGGCGCGCGUUUCUGGUUCGGAGUCUGCCACAACACUCAAACUUCACCCACCCCACAAAACACAAAACUCAAAACUCAAAACUCCCAAUUACAACCUUCAACUUAAACACAACAUUGUUUAGUUUGAAUAAAUCAAUGGCUUCUUCUGUUUCUGCUCUCUUGCCUUCUGUUCGAUUCCAACUCACUAAAACCACCCUCCUUCCUCCACUCUCUUUCUGUCAACGAAGCAAAUGCGAAAUGAACAGAAGGACUUUUGCGGUUAAAGGAAUCGUUGCUUCAGGAGUUUCGGUCGUUGCUUCUACUAUGACCGCAGAAGCAGAACCAUCUUCGCAAGAGAAGGAGUUUCAAAGAUUACCGUACAAACCAGAAGGGUACAAUUAUUGGACGUGGAGGGGUCAUAAAAUUCACUACGUAGUGCAAGGAGAAGGCUCUCCCAUUGUGCUUAUUCAUGGUUUUGGGGCCUCUGCAUUCCACUGGAGGUACAACAUCCCAGAACUGGCUAAGAAACACAAGGUCUAUGCCCUAGACUUGCUUGGAUUUGGGUGGAGUGACAAAGCACUUAUCGAGUAUGAUGCCAUGGUGUGGAGGGAUCAAGUAGUGGACUUCUUGAAGGAAAUAGUAAAAGAACCAGCAGUUUUGGUUGGAAAUAGCCUUGGAGGAUUUACUGCUUUGGUUGCAGCAACUGGGUUGCCUGAGCUUGUCAAUGGUGUUGCACUACUAAAUUCAGCUGGACAAUUUGGUGAUGCGAAAAAGGAAAGUAAAACUUCUGAAGAAACACCUCUACAAAAGUUUCUCCUAAAACCUUUGAGGGAAGUUUUCCAGCGCGUAGUUCUUGGAUUUUUAUUUUGGCAGGCAAAGCAACCCGCUCGGAUUGUAUCAGUCCUAAAAAGUGUGUAUAUAAACUCUUCCAAUGUGGAUGACUAUCUUGUAGAAUCUAUAACAAGACCAGCUCAAGACCCCAACGCCGGAGAAGUUUAUUACAGGUUAAUGACACGCUUCAUGAUGAAUCAGAGCAAGUACACUCUAGAUUCUGUCUUGAGUGAACUUUCUUGCCCAUUGCUGUUGCUCUGGGGUGACCUUGACCCUUGGGUUGGUCCAGCCAAAGCCAAUCGAAUCAAAGAGUUCUAUCCAAAAACAACUCUUGUAAAUUUGCAGGCUGGGCAUUGUCCACAUGACGAGAUACCAGAGCUUGUGAACAAGGCUUUAUUGGAUUGGUUGACCAUGAUCACUCCUGAAGUGUCUCUCCAAACUGUUGAACAUAUAUGAUUUUGUAAAGCCAAUCGAAAACAAAUUCUUCAUUAAGUUUUGAGUUUCAAGAAGUUGGUAGUAGUUAUCACUUAUCAGCACACAUUGUGUUCAAAAAACCAGGUAAAGGAUACUCAAGAUAGAGGAAAAUGACAAGAAGAAUAGACUGAUCACUGUUCUGUUCUGCAUACUUGUACAUCUUUUAUACACAAAUCUUUCUUUUCGUUAAUCAACCAAGUUAUAUUGUUCGCACUCUGAAUUUUCUCCUUCAGACAAUUGGCACUUGUAAGUGUAUCUGGCUGUUUUCCAAUCACCUCACUUCGUGCUAUUACUAUCUUUCAUAUUUCUCUAAUUUUUUCCAUGCAUAUUUACAUUCUAGUGUGAUUUUCCCUUUAGGUGUAACCAAAUGUUGAGCUUGUGAACUGAAAAAAAACUUCUCAAGUG